AUGGCAGGCGACAGUGACGAUGGCGCAGCUCCGGCGAUCUUUGACAAUAGUGUCAGCAAAAGCACAAAACCUGGGGAAGAGCCGGUAGUCCAGGUUCCAGUGCUGGAUGUGCAAAGUGACAACUUUAAGGAGAUGUGGCCGUCCCUUCUGCUGGCCAUAAAGACAGCUAGCUUCGUGGCUGUAGACACGGAACUGAGUGGGCUUGGGGACAGGAAGAGUUUGCUGAACCAGUGCGUCGAAGAACGAUAUAAGGCCAUAUGUCAUGCUGCCAGGACCCGUUCUAUCCUCUCCCUGGGCCUCGCCUGCUUCAAGCAGCAGCCAGACAAGGGUGAACACUCAUACCUGACCCAGGUGUUCAAUCUGACCCUGCUGUGCGUGGAAGAGUAUGUCAUAGAACCAAAGUCUGUGCAGUUCCUGGUACAGCAUGGCUUCAACUUCAACAGGCAGUACGCCCAGGGUAUCCCGUACCAUAAGGGCAACGACAAGGGCGAUGAGAGCCAGAGCCAGUCAGUGAGGACACUGUUCCUGGAGCUGAUCCGGGCCCGCCGGCCCCUCAUACUGCACAAUGGUCUCAUAGACUUGGUGUUCCUGUACCAGAAUUUCUAUGCACAUCUGCCCGAGACCUUGGGAACCUUCACCGCUGACCUGUGUGAAAUGUUCCCAGCUGGCAUUUAUGACACCAAAUACGCUGCCGAGUUUCAUGCCCGCUUUGUGGCCUCCUACCUAGAAUAUGCCUUCCGGAAAUGUGAGCGGGAAAAUGGAAAGCAGCGGGCAGCUGGCAGCCCACACCUUAUCCUGGAGUUCUGCAGCUAUCCUUCUGGCAUGAGGGCCCAUGUAGACUACCGCUGCUGUAUGCCCCCUGCAGCCCACCGUCCUCAUAGCACCGUCAUCUGUGAUAACUUCUCGGCCUACGGCUGGUGCCCCUUGGGAUCCCAGUGUCCUCGGUCCCAUGAUAUUGACCUCAUCAUUGACACGGAUGAAACUGCCACAAAGGAUAAGCGGCGCCGGCGGCGACGUAAGGAAAAGCGACGGAGGGCCUUGUUGGGUCUGUCUGGGAAACAGAACCCUGGGGAAGCCGAGGAUGGUCCUCCCACUAAGCAGGUCUGUGGGGAUGGUGUCCAGGCUGAGGAAACGGAGCUGGAGGUGGCUGAGGAUGAGGCCAGCAACCAGCUUGCCUCUGAGCAAGAUCACAAAAAUGACUUGGAGAUGGGACCUACAGCAAUAAAGCCUGAAACAGCUGACACGGCUGCCUCAGAAGCACCAGAGAGUCAGGCCAGCCCUAACCCAGUGCCGGGAGAUGGACUGCAUCGGGCUGGUUUUGAUGCCUUUAUGACAGGCUAUGUGAUGGCCUACAUGGGAGUAAGCCAAGAACCUCAGCCCGAUAGCUCUGGACCCUGGCUCCCUGAAUGCCACAACAAGGUAUACCUGAGUGGCAAAUCUGUGCCCCUCACGGUGGCCAAGAGCCAGUUCUCCCGUUCCUCCAAAGCCCACAACCAGAAGAUGAAGUUGGCUUGGGGCAGCAGCUGA